UCGCCCUCCGCCCUCAUAUCCUACCGCUCCGCCGCUCGGGAUCGCCCUCCGCCCUCAUAUCCUACCGCUCCGCCGCUCGGGAUCGCUCUCGCCUCCCUCCUCCUCCAACCCCUUGCGCGGCUCAGCUCAUGCAGGGACAUGUUAUAGCAUGCCAAUAUGUGCCACAGUCUUGAAAGUUGAUACAAUUUCAUUGCUAUCGACAGCUGCAAAAGGAGAAAAAUCAGGAGAUGAACACACCAAAUAGCAUGGUCAUGCAAGUCUGAACAUCUCGUAAAUAUUUAAUUAUAGUUGAACUCACCGGAACAACAAAGCGGCUCGUAGGUAAGGUAGGGAGCUGUGUAACAGGGGAGGGCUAAUAAUUCCACCACUCCGAGAGCAUAAAUCGUGCACAGAGAUGGGCGCCGUUCGAGGGGUUCUCUUGGAUGAAUCGCUUCUCUUCUUCGAUGCCGGAAGUGGCAAUUUCUACCUCCCUCCAGGAUCCAUGACUCUUCUUCGUAGGCUUCAGUACUCGAAGCUUCGCGUGGGGUUUUGUUACCAAAAGGAUGUAUUGCAACAAAAGGAAAUCUUUCUUAAACAGACAGCAGCAUCAUACUCCUUUGAUUGUAUCUCAUUGCGUGGAUCACAUGCAAGGAAUUCAUUUAAUGAGUCAUUGCCAGACUGGCAUGCAGAUGGAGAGAUAUGCUUUUAUGUAACUUCCAGAAAAGAUGAAACACUUUUCGGCAAGCUUCAGAAUCGUGGUUGGAAGAUUGUUUGUAUUGGUGUUGAAAGGGGUGGGACGAUGGAUAAGGAGUUGUUGUUUAUUGACCAGUUGGAAGAGUUGCUCAUUACUGUUUGCAGCUUCAGUAAGAAGGUUGUUUGUCCUAAGGUGAUGCACUGCAUGCCAGUCCUAAUUGUUGGCUAUGUCAUGAAACCAUCUCGUGAAGAAGAUUUUGCCAAGAGAGGCGCAUUCCCUAUGUAUCCUACUCAAAAUGGAUUGCUUUUUGUUCCUCUCACAUUUGAGCUUCCUUUGGCACCUCAAAUACAAGAAGUUGAUGUAAUCCUCCAUAAAGCAACUGAUGAGAUCCUCAGCAUUGAUCCAGACUACUGUUUGGAUUUUCCUAAGGGGAUUGCUUUCUCCAGGGGAAUGCAAGAACUAGAAAGGUCUAUCCAGGACCAUCCAAAUUGUUGCAUAAUUGACCCACUUAACAAUAUAUACCCUUUACUUGAUCGCCAUAAGAUCCAACAAAUUCUUCUUGGAUUGCAGGAUCUCAAUGUCAAUGAUCAGUGUAGACUCCGGGCACCACAGUUUUUAAAGGUUGGUAACUUGCAUGAGCCUAGCCUAAGGGAUCGACUAUUAGAAGCUAAUUUAUCCUUUCCACUCAUUGUCAAACCACAAAUUGCGUGCGGGGUUGCUGAUGCUCAUAACAUGGCAUUAGUAUUCAGGUUUGAAGAUUUUAUGGACCUUCCUGUUCCGCUUCCAGCUAUUCUUCAGGAAUAUGUGGAUCAUGGAUCCUUAAUAUUUAAGUUUUAUGUACUGGGUGACAAAGUAUUUCAUGCUGUUAAGAAGUCUAUGCCAAAUGCCAGUUUUCUAUUAUCAGCAUCAGAAAAAAGGGGUUCUGCACCAAUUAUGUUUAACAGUCUGAAGUCUCUUCCAGUUGCUACAGAGGACCAAGUCUCAGCAGGUGGGCUGAAGGCUGCCAAACAAUCUUUGGAUGUGGAACUAGUCAAUAAAGCUGCAAAAUGGCUAAGAAAUCAACUUGGUCUUACUAUUUUCGGAUUUGAUGUUGUUAUUCAAGAAGUCAGCGGAGACCAUGUCAUAGUGGACUUGAACUAUCUUCCCACAUUUAAGGAAGUCCCUGAUUCUGAUGCUGUUCCUGCAUUCUGGGAUGCAAUCAAGAGCACGUAUGAUUUGAGAAAGGCAAACUGAGUGGUAGUCAAUUGCCUUCGAUUGCACUGAAAUUUAGCCUUUUUCAUCAGGGGUACUUGAUAAGUAUAAUAUUAAAACUUAACCCAUUCAAAUUUGUCGCAGGUCAUGAGAAAACUGCAUUUCCUAUUCAUUUCCAUUUUGGAGUAAUUUGCUUGGGUCAUAAUAAAUAGAUGAACUUUUGUUCAACAAAAUUCGCCAUGGUCUAUUAUGUCAUCGUAGUUGCAGAUAUUUAAGCUUUACUUGCAAGCAUGGAGUAGCUGGGAUUAUGGAAAUCAAUGGUGAUGUUCAGUAAUGUCUUGCCAUAGUUUCCCUAUCUUGAUAACCAUGUAGUUCAAGUUUCCCUGUUGUACUCGUAUCAGCAUCUUGCAUGGAACUUCAGAUGAUCUGACCAAUAAAGCACUUUUGUUGUGGUUCUUAA